UGUUGGUCGUGUCGCUGGCGAGUCCAGGACCAGUAGAACUGAGAGAGAUCAGCCCUCACGGCACGUUGAACGUUCAACAGCCACCAGAGCGUCAUGAUUGUGAGCAUCUUCAUUCUUCAGCCCACCGGCGAUGUGCUGGUCGAAAAGCACAACCGCAGCCCACUGCCCCGCAACGUGCUGGACCCCUUGCAAGAGGCGCUUCUUCACGCUGAUGCGCUGGAGGAUGUGCCACCAAUCAUUCCAGGUGGCCGCCACUACCUCAUCAACAUCAUCAAACACAACAUGGUCUUUGUCGCCGUGGUCACCUCGGAGACACCGCCCCUGACCGUCACGGAGAUUAUGCAUGCUAUCGUGAACGUGUUUGAAGACUAUUUUGGCACCAUCAAUGAUCGCGUUGUUCAUCGCGAAGCCGUCAUGAUCUACCAACUUUUGGAGGAGAUGAACGACAAUGGUUUCCCUCUCACCAUGGAGCUCAACGUGCUGCAGGAGAUGAUCAUGAAACCCACCAUGCUCAACAGGGCACAAAAUGCGGUUGGCCGUCGUCAGCGCCUCUCCGACACUUUACCGUCAGGGCAGCUGACCUCCACGCACUGGCGAAAGGCCCAUGCCCGCUACCCGACCAACGAGUGCUUUGUGGAUAUUGAAGAAGAAGUGGAUGCCAUCAUUGGCAAGUCUGGCACUCCCAUUGCCUCCUCAGUCACGGGCACCAUCAACUGCCGCUGCUAUCUGUCCGGCUUUCCCGACCUUACCCUUAGCUUUCAAAACGCACGUUUCUUUGAUGAUGUGGCUCUCCACCCCUGCGUGCGCAUUGCCAAAUGGACGUCCGAGCGCAUCAUGUCUUUUGUCCCGCCGGAUGGCAAGUUUGUGCUAGCACAAUACUUUGUGCACUCGCUCUCUCAGCUCCCCAUUACAGUGCGCGCCAACAUCAACUACUCCAAGACCGGCUCGGGCCGCAUUGAGAUUGACCUUCACUCGGCUCGGCCCGAUCAAGUUGUUGAAGGUUUGCAAAUUCAAAUCCGCUUCCCCAAGGCCGUGAGCAGCGCUAGCGCAGAUGCAGCAGAAGGACACUGCAGUUUCCAAGAAAUGACAAAGACGCUGCGCUGGGAACUGAAGCGUCUGCCUGAAAGCGGCUCCAUCUCCCUUCGCGGCCAAGUGACGCUUGGCGUCUCCGAGGCCAUUCCUGACGGCACUCCUCCGGUCCAGGUCAAGUUCAAGACCACGGGCUACACCGCCUCAGGACUCAAGGUCAAUCGUCUCGACAUUUACCGCGAGACCUACAAAGCAUUCAAGGGCGUCAAGUACAUCACUUCAGCUGGCGACUUCCAGGACAUAGAUUUUACUUUCCUGCAGACCCUGGCGGCCGCACAGGCCGCCAGAAGCUGCUGCCCCUCUCUCUUAAGUUUUCACCACUGUCAUUUUUGUGGCGUUUAA